UGUCUUUACGGUACGGACCGCUUUUGUUGAUAACGUGAUGAACGCAACGCGACCGUAACCGGCAGCCGCUCGGACUUUUUAUUUGUAUUUUUAUAUAUAUAUGUAUAUAUAUACACAAAUAUAUACAGUAUUUAGUUAUGACGGAAAUAUUUUCAACUUUGUUCGGACAAAAUGACGCACAGCCAUCCACGGGGGCAGCAGGUUUGGGGUUCUCUACCGGUAAACCGCCGCCGCCGAUGCCGUCGAACCAAGCGCCGGCGGCGGCUCAGAUUCCAGGACAGCUCGGGGAUGAGGGGCCUACGCUGCGGAAACCCGGAGCUAUGAACGAACCUUUCUAUUUACUUCGAGAGCUGCCCGUUGGAAACGACCUGACGGGAAACACGAACCUCAUCACGCAUUAUAAUCUGGAACACGCUUACAAUAAGUUCUGCGGCAAGAAAGUGAAGGAGAAACUGAGCAACUUUUUACCGGAGUUACCAGGCAUGAUAGACUGUCCGGGGAUUCAAGACGGCAGUUCUCUGCGCUCUCUCAUAGAAAAACCCCCGGUGUGCGGGAACUCUUUCAGUCCGCUGACGGGAGCUCUUCUCACUGGAUUUCGAUUACACACCGGCCCGCUUCCGGAGCAGUACAGACUGAUGCACAUACAGCCGCCAAAGAAGAAGAGCAAACACAAGUACCGCCAUCACAGACCUCAGGAUCCUCUGCCUCCAGAGACCCCCUCAGAUUCUGACCCCAAGAAAAAGAAGAAAAAGAGGGAUGAUGAUCCCGACCGCAAGAAGAAAAAGAAAGACAAGAAGAAGAAAAAGAAUCGACACAGUCCUGAUCAUCCUGGACUUACUGGAUCUCAACCCAACAGCAACAACCUGAGAUAGACCCUGUGUGUGUGUGUGUGUGUGUGUGUGUGAGAGAGAGAGAGAGAGAGAGUGUGUGUGUGUGUGUGUGAGAGAGAGUG